AUGUACGUUUGUCAUAAUGUACCUACAAAUUCUCCGCAUCCAAUCUCUCUCUCUCUGUUUCUCUGUCUCUGAUGGCGAACAGAGUUCUCAUUCUGCUUCUACCAAUCUCCAUUCUCCUCCUCUUGAAUGCAUUCUCUUCUGCAAUUACUUCCAGAUCCUAUGAUCCCAACGAGGAUGACGACCUCCAAUAUCUCGAAUCUGAAGAAGAAAAAGAUGCAUCAUCUGCAGAGAGGUCCUCCCAACAAGAUGAGCAUGAAUCAGAUGAAGACUCUGAUGAGGAUCCUCAUAUUCAAAUGGAGCCCGUCAAUGACGAUGAUCAGGAACCGGAUCUGCCACCGAUGCCGGAUUACAAUGAGAAGGAUGUGGUGGAGCUGGAGGAGAAGAACUUCGACGAAUACUUGAGGAAGAAGAAGCACGUGGUGGUCGAGUUUUACGCGCCCUGGUGCCAACACUGCCAGAAUUUUGCGCCAGAGUUUGCAGCAGCCGCCACCGAGCUGAAGGGCGAGGCAGUGCUGGCCAAAGUUGAUGCUUCCAAGGAAUCAAAGCUUGCGCAGAAUUACCAGAUUCAGGGGAUUCCUACUUUGCUUUUAUUCAGUGAUGGAGCUAUAAAGAUUUACAAAGGCCCAAGGACGAAGGAUGAUGUAGUGGCUUGGGUGAAAAAGAAAACUGGACCUUCUUUACCCAAUUUGACAACCACAGAGGAGGCAGAACGUGUACUCGCUGCUGAACCUAGAGUAGUUCUGGGCUUCUUUGACACUUUGAAGGGUCCAGAAAGUGAUGAGCUUGCUGCUGCUUCAAAGGAGGAUGAUGACGUUGUUUUCUAUCAGUCUACAAGCAUUGAUGUAGCCAAGAUUUUCCAUAUCGACUCCCACGUCAAGCGCCCUGCUCUAGUCCUGAUCAAGAAGGAGGAUGAAAAAAUAAGUCACUUUGAUGGUCAGUUCACCAAAGAGGGAAUAGCCAAGUUUGUGCUUGUGAACAAGAUUCCUAUGGUGGUUAAAGUUUGUAGGGAAACUACUUCACUAGUUUUUGGGAGUCCCAUUACAAAGCAGUUAGUACUUCUUAUCCCUUCAAGUGGUUCAGAGAAGUUAAUACCAGUAUUCCAAGAGGCAGCAAAGGCUUUCCAGGGAAAGAUUAUAUUUCUCUAUCUGGGAGCAGAAGAUGAAGAAGUUUGGGAACAAGGCGCAGAAUAUUUUGGUGUCACAGGAAAUGUUCCCAAAGUUUUUGCAUACUCGGGAGACAAAGGCAAGAAGUAUGCAUUGGAUGGUGAAUUGACCCUAAGCAAUAUUAAGUCAUUUGCACAAGAUUUUCUGGCAAACAAGCUCAAGCCUGUGUAUAAGUCGGAUCCAAUUCCAGAGACAAAUGAUGAAGAUGUAAAAGUUGUUGUCGGCAAAAACUUUGAUGAAAUUGUUUUGGAUGAAUCAAAGGAUGUUCUUCUUGAGAUAUAUGCACCGUGGUGUGGGCAUUGCCUUGCCCUGGAACCAAUAUACAAGAAGCUUGGUAAGUACUUGAGGGGCAUCAAUUCACUUGUUGUAGCCAAGAUGGAUGGGACCAGAAAUGAACACCCUAGAGCCCUGAUUAGUGGAUUCCCCACGUUUCUUUUUUUCCCGGCCGGAAACAAGAGCUCAGACCCAAUCAGAGCUAAUCCUGAGCAAUCGGUGGUAGCAUAUUACACGUUCCUAAAGAAGCACGCAUCCAUCCCUUUCAAGCUCCAGAGGCCAGGCUCAACCCAAGAGUUCUACGCCACUGAUGAUGACGAUGGUGAAGACGACGACGUAGAUAGUGCUAUAGACGAUGGCAUAGAUAGCGACGUAGACGAUUCCAAGGAUGAAUUGUGAGGACCAGCUGAGAGCAUGUAGUUGGAUGUUAGACCAUCUUCCAUUUACGACUUUUUUUCUUCAGAUUUUAUGUAGAAUUUUGAUUGCCUAAUUCACUUUGUUGUAUGGGAGGUGGCAACAGAGCAGCUUCUUUUAUUUC